AUGUCUUCCAACGACCGGAACUCCCCUCCCCUCCACUCUCCAGACCCUCGUCGACGGGCCUCAAUCACCAGCCAGACAUUCCAUGACCUGUUUGGUCGGUCAAACAGCAUUGCAGGCAUACCAUCUGGUGUACAGCAGUCCUCGGGUCCCAUUACUACAGCUGCUGCCAACGCCCAGCGGCGAAGGCUCUCACUGACCACGAUUGGUCUAGGAGCCUCGCCUGGCCAAACCUCGCCCUUCCUCCAAACCCCGCGGACCCGCACUGAGAGCAUCUCUAGCGCCAACUCUGGUUCUGUCGAUGAGAGUCCUUUCGAGGACGACUUCGGCCCUUCGGCCAGCAGCAACCCAGCAACACCAUUUGCUCGGCGGCUGAGCUUCGGAGCUCGUGCAAUGCGGGACGUCAGGCAGGGCAACGGAGGCGUUGGGAACCCAAAUGGUAGACCACCCAUCAUCCAUAAAGCUUCCUCUCCCCCGACUGGUCGAGGUCGAGGUCUGUCUUCAUUGUCACAGUCAUUGCCCUCAUCCUCUUCACUACUCCGCCCCUUUACCCAUUCCCACUCCCGGCGAUCCACAUCCAUUUCGUACAUUUGGCCAUCAACUAUUGCGGAACAUGCCGAGACUGUACUUGGAAACUACUCGCUAACGUCGUCUUCAACAGGCGAGGGCUACAAUUUCGCUGAGAACCUCCGAUCACGAGCCGAGCGGGGAUCCAUUUCCGGCCCCCCUUCGACGCUGGGUAUGGCUGGCCCGACGCACCACCGUGCCAAGAGCGUUACAAUCAUGGAGCCUCCAGUUCGUGAAAUGCCCAAGCCCAAGGUUCCCGAUGCCAUGCAGGAGCGGAUCCUCAAGGGUGACUUCUACAUGGACUAG